GUGAGUGCAACCAGGCGCCAAAACCUGCCAACUACAAUGAUACCUCUUGUUUAAGUGGCGGAGCGGCACGGUAUACUUAUGUAUCUGCCUAAUAUCUCACAUCUGCAACACAACAUAGCAGGGAAGGGCGGGCGACAGACUGACCUCUGAUAUCUCCGCUACGACCUGAAACCGCUACGAUGGGAGCUCUGCGAACCAUAGCGAUUGUGAUCCUGGGGAUCUCUGGGUUUGUUUUUGUGGCUCUGUUUGGGCAACUCCCUGCGUUCCGCAAAACUCCCAUUGGCUGGCUUCAUCGAGCUCUUUGGAUUCACAUCCCUAAUGGGAUAGCUUAUCUUGACAAUCGACUAUUAAAUGGUUGGCUUUUGUACUGCUGGAAUCGCUCCGGCAGUUAUAUAUUGCAUGAGAACCAUCCACUUAUUCUUAUAUUCUUUGCCUCGCUUAUGGUGACAGGGCAGUGUAUGUUUAUCCCGAGUGCUUGGUCGAGGAUCUCUACCGUCCAACAUUUCUGGAUUCCGAUCAUUGCUACAAUGCCCUAUGCGCUUUUGUAUAUGAGCGUCACGACCAAGUCAUUCAUCACCCCGAAGAAUCAUGCAAUGGAACUAGAGCGCUAUCCAUAUGAUAGGGUCAUCUUUCACCCAGGACAACGUUGCCGCACCUGUCAUGUUAUCAAGCCGGCUCGAAGUAAGCACUGCGGUAUCUGCAAAGCAUGUGUUUCACGACAAGACCAUCACUGCGUUUGGCUCAUGAACUGUGUUGGACUGCACAAUUACCACUAUUUUCUAUCGAUGAUCUUGUCGCUAUGUAUCAUGCUGAUCUACGGCUCGUGUCUCGGGUACAGUCUGCUGUACCAGACCUACGAUAAGCUGAUACCAUCAGACUCACUCUUACGAACGACCCGGCAAACUUGGACUGCUUUCUUCAAUAUAUGGGCUGUAGUCGUCGCUGCCGAUCUUCGGAUCGGUGGGAUCACCUUGCUGAUGUCUAUGACAGCCCCUCUAGCGGCCGCCUUUCUCGUAUACCACACUUACCUCAUCUGGGCUGGUAUGACGACCAACGAGAGCUCCAAGUGGUCGGAUUGGAAAGAAGAGGUUGCAGAUGGCAUGGCUUUCAAAUCCACCAAGGUUGAGAUUUACGGCACCUCGCCCCUGUUGGCUGAAUAUCAAAGUGUCCAAUCGUCCUGGCCAGUAAGCAGUGAGCAGGUCCUCGUGCUCACGGAUGGUGAGCCGCCAAAAGAAGGAUGCCUGCUGUCCCCAGAUUCCAACGAGAUCAGCCAGCCGAGCGACAGAGACGCUCCCAUCGAUCGGAGGUGGGUUCAGGUGCAAAGCAUGAGGGAGAUUGACAACAUCUACGACCUGGGAUUUUGGAACAAUCUGCGUCAUGCCCUCGGCUUGAGUAUCCGGCCGAAGGUAUCUGCAAGCGACGUCAGAAUGGCCGACCGCACGGCAGCGGAGAUCAAACCGAAAUGCACCCCCGCGGAGCUCAUGUUGAAGGUCAUCCUGACGGGGACCUUGAGCCACUAUGAAACCCGCGGGAUGAUUGACGACAAACGCCUAGAACACAUGCUUUCUGCUGGGAAGCAAAUUUUAUACAAGACGCACCAGGAGAGUGAUGUCAGACAUAAUCUUGGCCUCUCUCCGGAUAUUUGGCAAGGUUUUACAGACGUACUGACGAAGGCGAUCCCAGUCCUAGAGUCCCAAUCAUUUGCCUGGAAGAGCCCCCCGACGGCAAACUACGAUCAUUCCUCCUCCAAUUUAAUAGCCUACAAUUAUUUCUCGCUAGUCAAGGACAUUGAGCGCCUAAAUGAUCUCUGUACCAUCGCUCGGAACCUACUCGCUACCACGAAAAAGGCCCAGAACAUGGCGGCGGAGAAAGGCUUCGAUCAGCGGAUCUUAGCUCUGGUAGAUACCUGUGUUAGAGUAACCGCGCGCGGGUUUGACGGGGAAACAAAUGCACGGAAUGAAGAGCGCUGGCAAAAGGUCGUCAACCUUUACAAGCGCCUUCUCAUCACCUGCCUGCAGUUUUUGCAUAACUUCAUCAUGCACAACGAACAGCGCAAGAUGGUCCUCUGGUUAGACUUGUUCGGAUACCACUCCACUGGCGACUCCAACAUCAUCCAACCCCGGGAGCCCCUGGACCCGGCUUGCAAUCAGCAGGAGGGAAUGGCGCCAAUCGUAAAGACCGGAGAGAGGAUAGUAAACCCGCCGAUAAGGGCCCUUUACGACCAAACCGCCGAAGAUUUGCUCCUGGAGACCAUUUCCAACUUCCCGCGAGAACCUGCGACCAUUAAGGAAGAGGCAGCCAUGCUACUCCUUGCUAACAUCAAGGACCACAUGGAGAAGCUUCUCGGACGCGAUUUGACCGCCAUUCAGGAAAUGGGCAAGGACCCCGAACAAGUGAAGGAGAUCCGCGCGGCACUGACUGCUAUUCUCGGAGCCAAGGUGGAUGGCUGGUCUGACCUUCAGGACCGAGCCAAGGACCUCCCACCUGCCUUGCCGGAAGACGAGCCGCCCCGUAAGAAGGCGAUCGUCACGAUUGACCGCAGUGCAACCGCUGGAUUCCCACGGGUCUGCUGGACCGAUCUUCCCGACCUCAGUGAAUACGGAGCGCUCUCGGGCGGCGAUGCGACUGUCAUGGAGGAAGACAUGAGCAUGCCGCGCUCUGCACAGUCGGCCGCAGAAACACUGCAGGAGGCUAAAGACGAGCUGAUGGCACGACUGCAGGAGAGCUCCCAGAUUGCGGAUGGUGACCAGGACUAUGAUACUGGAGAUGCAGGCACGGUUGGCGACGACGAUUCGCGCAGCUUGGAGGCCGUCGCGGAUGGUAGUAUGGAGGAGGAAGAGGAAGAGGACGACGAGGAUGACGACGACUACCGAGGCCGACCAGGCGACCAGCAGCGGGGUCUGUUGACCGAUAUUCCGCUGGUGCUGGGUCCUGCGGAGAUCGAAGCUCUGCCCAUGAUCAUCCAGGCAGGUAUUGUGGAUAGUUUCGGAUUGAAGGGCGGAGAGAGAAGUGGCUCGAGGAACAUGCAGGCUCUCAGAUGUCAUAUUCUACUUACCCAGGAGACGGGUCGGAAUCUGCUUCGCGAGUUAUUGAUCUUCAUCGCUGCCUGGGAUCUCCCGGAUGAUGAACUCUACUUCAAGAUGAUGGUUCAGAUCAUGGAUGCCGUUCUCAGAAACGGUCUCAUGUCGCAUGCUUAUUCCGAUUUUGGCCAGCCGAAGGACAUCAUCUCGCCUGCACAAGCGGUUGUCGUCAAGAUCCUCACGCAUAUCUUCCGCGCUAAGUACUCUCCUGCAUCGGUUACGGGGUCGACGCAGCCCAAUGCGACCAAGAACCCGGCACCGCUUUCGCGGGUCGACAUUCUUACUGUCCGGUACAUCUUUACGAUAUUCCGCGGCAACAUUAUUCCCGAGACCUGCGCUUUGAUCUAUCUCCAGGGUCAGAUCCGGGCCGGACGGGCUCUGCCCGAGGACUUCCCUCUGAACCUGUGGGACAUGGAGCGGGUCUACGAAGGUGUCUACCAGUUCCUGGAGUUCUUCGCCGUGCUUACCGAAAACAACGACUGGAAGAAUCUCUUGGUCAAAUGGGAGAUUGUCUAUGACCUGGUGACGUUGAUCAAGGAGCUCGAAGCUAGCAUUCCCAAGGGCCAGCUGAGUUCUCUCGGGCUUGGACGUAACAGCCCAUCCAAGGAACAGCCUCAGCUCACGGCCCCGGCACCGGUUGCCGUUGAACGGCCAUACGACCCUGGCGACCCCGACCCUGUUGAUGGUCCCGGGUCCCGGGCCGAAUCCCCGCCGAUCACCGAAGAUCCGUCCGAGUUCGAAUGGCGCAACCUCAAGAAGCUCGUGGUGCUUGUCCUGUCGUCUCUUGUCUGGAAGUGCCCGGAGGUCCAGGACCAGAUCCGUCGCUACGGGGGUGUCGAGACCAUCCUAUCGUGCACUAACUUCGAUGCGCACAACCCCUACAUCAAGGAACACGCAGUGAUGUGCCUGAAGUUCCUACUGGAGGGUAACCGCGAGAACCAGAAGAUGGUGGAAGAGCUGGAAGCGCGGGAGGUAGUGAAGGAUGAGGGGGGCGUUCUAGAACGGAGCGGACUGGAAGCCGUCAUCGACAAGACUGGCAAACUGGCCAUCCGAACCAAGGACGGACAGGAGAAGCGUUAG